CGAACGAAGGUUCCUCAACUGCGGUGGAAUUUGACGAAAUAAUGACUCCGUCAGCAUCGAACGAAGGUUCUUCAACUGCGGUGGUAUUAGACGAAAUAAUGACUCCGUCAGCAUCGAACGAAGGUUCCUCAACUGCGGUGGAAUUUGACGAAAUAAUGACUCCGUCAGCAUCGAACGAAGGUUCCUCAACUCCAUCGACAAGUACAGAAGCUAUUAUGUCUUCCAAAAUACACGAUCUGGAACUCCAGGUGACUGCACUGAAAAAGACGAUAAAGAAGUACGAGAAAGCGAGACCGAAAGAAGACAAAGAACUCGUGGAAAGAAAAAUGUACGAGUUACUGGGAAAAAUAUUCAGUCAAGGACAAAUACGGAUGAUAUUGAAUCCCUCACUAUGUAAGAUGAAAUGGUCUUCCGAAGAUAUUACACACGCGAUAUCCUUGCGAUGUGUCAGCCCAAAGGCAUAUCGUUAUAUGAAGCAUGUUCUGCAAAUACCACUUCCAGGCCUUUCAACAUUAAGAAGAUGCUCCGCAUCUUCUCAAGUUGUUGAGGAAUCAUUUUCUGGACAAAGGGUUUAUCUGGAAGGGGAAAAUAGUUGAUAAGGAAAUAUUGUUUAAGUUGCUUUCCAUUAAUGCAGGAGAUUUAAAAAUUAGCCAUAAAAUCACUACGUAUCACUUAAAUGUACAAGGUUCCGAAAGACAGAAGGUUCUUCCUGCUGCGCAAGUCUUAUCCAACACGAUAGCUUCUGCGAUAGAAUGGUGCGGCCGUAAAAGUUACCUUUUGGAUUUACCAUAUCAGGAAGCAGCGUAUGUUAUCAGAUUGUGUAAUGACUGGUUCGAUGUUUUUAAUGCAAAAUGUAAGUACGGUAAACAUACAGGGAAAAAUGCGUACGGUAUAAAUAUUGAAGAACAGAAUGUGAUUUUAAACAACAUGAUGUCUUUCAUUAACGAAACUCGGAUAGGAAAGCAUAAAACUUUAUUACCUUUUCAAAAAGGCAUCUUAGUCAGUAUCGCUUCUUUACAACAACUAUUAUUAUACUUACAAGAACAAUACAGUACAUCCGAUUUUCCCAUCACUUAUUUAAUAACUUACCGUCUUAAUCAAGAUUUGUUAGAAAAUUUGUUCUCAUUCUUACGUUCAAUAGGGUGUGCGAACGAUCACCCAACACCCUUAGAUUUUAAAUACCGAUUAAAACGAUAUAUAUUGGGCAAACAUUCUAGAUAUGCACUGUCAAAUGAAUGUAAUGUUCAAGAAAACAAAUCGAAUGAACCUAUUUUUGUAUCUCCUCUUAACUGCGAUAUCGAUGAUUCUAUGUUAACGGAUAUACUUUCAUCCUAUGUUGAAGAAGAAAACACUACUGUAACUUAUAGUUAUGAAGAAGAAGAAUUGUGUAUUGGCGAAGCUUCA